AUGCCGUUGCUGUUCGCUGUAGCUCUCCUGGCCUUGGCUUGCCCCUUAAUGGCAUUUGAUAUGGGUCAGUCAACCCGCUGCGUAGCGAUCCCUAACCAGAUGAAGGUGUGCAAAGAUGUUGGAUAUUCAGAGAUGCGCCUGCCAAAUUUUUUGGGUCACAGUAACCUGGAAGGCGAGGUGGUGCCACGCUCAGAGGACUGGAGGCCCCUGUUGCAGACCGGCUGCCAUCCCCAGGCACAGGCUUUCCUCUGCUCCCUUAUUGCUCCAGUCUGUCUUGACACUUUUAUUCAGCCCUGCCGUAGCUUGUGUGUGGCGGUGCGAGACAGCUGUGCCCCGGUGCUUGCCUGCCAGGGACAUCCUUGGCCUGAAGCACUUAACUGUGACCGCUUUUCUGCUGAGGACGACAUGUGCCUGUCUCCCCAUCCCAAAUUCAGCCACUUUGCCAAAGACCUGCCUAAGCCUGUCUGCCAAAAUUGUCCUUCUGUGGAAGAGACUCCUGCCAUGAAAACAGUCUUAGAUGCGUUUUGCCAGGACGACUUUGCUGUUACAGCUAAAAUUCAUAGGCGCCGCAUUCUCAGAGGAGAGCCAGAAUUUGGACUGGAGGGUCGGGUUGAGUUUAUCCACCAGGGACCUUUGCUUCCUUAUGACACUCAGCAUCUUCUCCAGCAGUGGCUCCUCAUCAACCUUCAGUGUGCCAGUACACUUGUGCAUCCUGGACGGUCGCAGCUUUACGUGCUGACUGGCGCUGUGCAGCCCGACGGUACCCUGGGUCUCAAUCGUGUCUUCCCUUGGCACAAAAGGGAUACAAACAUUGCAGUGGCCACACGCAAGUGGAAGUAUCACAGAUGUUAA